CGCCGGGUGACGUCACGGCUCUCGGAGCAUGCCUACAAAGGUCGAAAAUAAACAAAGAGUGAAGAAAAUCCGCGAGGAUUUCAGCUUUUAACCCAGAAUUCAGCCGUUUCCGCGGGAUCCACUCGGUGUCCGCGCUGUAUCCGCGCUGUGGGCGGGAUGGAGAAGGUGUUUUCGUGCCGGGCGAGCGUUUAUCUGGACCAGGGCGGGCGGAAAUACAUGGAGGAUUUUGUGCAGAUUAAGCGGGACGCUGAGCCGAGCGAGGCCGAGCUGAGCGCCGCGGAACCGGGCGAGACUGAACCGGCGGAACCGGGAAACGAGCAGCUUAAAAACGGCCUUGGAGACCGUACUCCCGACCCGGAGACACCGGAGGAACCGGAGGAGCCGCGGGCCGGUGCUCCAGCAGACUGUAGCCGCAGCAGCAGCAGCAGCGGCGGGGAGGAGAGCGGCACUGCCCGGGAGCAGGAGGAGGAGGAGAGCGGCUCCGCGGCCCGCUCCUGGCCCGUCGCUUUCUACGCGGUGUUUGACGGUCACGGCGGCCCGGACGCGGCGAGCUACGCUCAGGAGAACCUGUGGGAUCUGAUUAAGAAACAGAGAGGCUUCUGGUCGGAUGAUGAUGAGGAGGUUUGCUCCGCUCUCCGUAAAGGAUUCAUCGCCUGCCACCACGCCAUGUGGAAGAAAUUACCUGAAUGGCCGAGAACAGCUACCGGUCUCCCGAGCACGUCCGGAACCACGGCCAGCGUGGUGGUGAUCCGGCGUGACCGGCUGUACGUGGCUCAUGUUGGGGAUUCGGCCGUGGUUUUAGGGGUGCAGGAUGAUCCGGAUGAAGAGACGAUACGAGCCGAGGAGAUCACACAGGAUCAUAAACCUGAACUUCCUAAAGAGAGGAAACGGAUCGAGGGACUCGGGGGCAGUGUAAUAAAGAAGUCUGGGGUUAAUCGAGUGGUGUGGAAAAGACCCAGACUCACUCAUAACGGCCCGGUGAGACGGAGCACCGUCAUCGACCAGAUCCCUUUCCUCGCUGUAGCUCGAGCUCUAGGUGAUUUAUGGAGUUAUGAUUUCUACAGUGGAGAGUUUGUAGUUUCACCAGAGCCCGAUACUGCAGUCAUUAAAUUAGAUCUGAAGAAGCAUCGAUACGUUAUACUGGGCAGUGACGGUCUGUGGAACAUGGUUUCACCACAGGAGGCCGUGUCUAUGUGUCAGGAAACUGAUAAAGCAAAGGCUAAGUGCCAGACGACAAAAGAAAACGUGUGCAGUGCUCACGAGCUGGUGAACCACGCCCUCCAGCGGUGGAGUCAGCGCAUGCUCCGGGCUGAUAACACCAGCGCUAUAGUGGUCUGUUUGGAGCCGGUUGGAGCGUUUUCUGAGCCGCUGUCUCCGUAUGAAGUCGUCUAUAAUCUAGAGGGAGCAAAGUGCUGCUCAGCUGCUGGAUCCUCCAUCAACACUCCACCCAACCAGGUCAGUGAAGCAGAUGAAUCGUCUCCUUCCUGUGAACCGGAAUCAGCCUCCGGUCAGGAGAACGGGGACGGCGGGUCGAGCAGCAGUGAAUCACUGGAGUCUCCGGUUCUAAACUCUCCACGUAAAGAUCAGGGCAGUAGGAGCUCGAGUGAAGGCGGUCGCAGUAGCGGCGUGUCGGCGGGGAAGCGAGCGCUGGAGGAUCUGACGGGUCCUGCGGGGAAGAGACCUCGCCGGAGUCUUCCUCAGCCGUCUCACAGCUCGGCCUCUUCCUGCACGUCUCGCCGGCGGUACAGCGAGCGACCGGCGCUCCGACGCAGCGGCAAAACCCAGAAACAGCCUGAUAAAGUGCAGGCUUUACUCCAGGAGCACGGAAACGCCACCGUCUGCGUCUGCUAACGUUCACCUGCUCCCACUCGCUCUCAGAUUUGUGUUGGAUUUGUUCACAGUCAAACUCAGAUCUGUACACUUCUUCAGAUAAGCUACUGGGAUUAAAAAACGGGCACUAAAGCGACCAGGUCAAAAUAUAAACGUGAUUUCUUUUUAAGAGUAAAGCUGUUAUGAUGCAAUAGUGUACUACUCUCCAUUUAGCCUAUCGUGACACACACCCGAUGUGUUCCUCUGUUAUGUGAAGUAGUGGGGUGGGGGAUCUGUUACAUGCUCCAACCUUCUGUUCGUCACCUUAUCUAUAACGGCUUCGUAUUUUUUAAUCUUGUAAUGACUCCAAUCAAGUACGCAGUACGAGCCUCGCAUUAACCCGGGCUCGUACACUUUUACGUUGAAUUCCUGCCGUCUUCCGUUCGCCGCGGUGGAAAGACUGUGAGAAGAAUUCAACCGAAGACCGCAUAUCUUCUGAGAAGAUAUCGCUCUCUGCAACUGACCUGUACAUAUUCCAAAGAACGUUUUUGAGGAACGAAGUUACUUUGAGCUCUUCAAUGGUCUAUGUAUUUUUAUACACUUUGUUUUACAGAACAGAAGAGGAAUGCACACAGUUUCUACCGUUUCUACUAGUAUCUUAACCUCCUGUCACUAUGUAUGAUCUUACCUUUACCUCAGCAUAUAAGCAUAAGAAAUAAUACACACCUUUUGGUCUUGGUUUUUAAAUAUAUAUGGGUUGAAUCCAGUGUCUCGUUCACAUGUUAAUAUUUGUUUUAUAUUGGGUUAUUAUUUUGUAAGUUGUUUUUUCUAACUGUGAGACAUUCAUGUGAAACUUAAGGUGCUGCUAUGCUUAACCAGGUAAAUAAAAACAAACUUGAUAAACUAAACGAAA